AUGUCCGUUGAAGAGGUGAUAGGAAGGCUCAAGGCCUAUGAAGAACGGAUGAAAUGUCAUGUUGAACCAGAAGAUAGAAAACUCCUCAUGACCUAUCAACAAUGGUCAGAGAAGAACAAGAAGAAAAGUGAGGCUGAUUCAAACGCAAAGGCAAACCGGGGUGGUUUCAAUAGUUCACGUGACAGAGGAAGAGGUCGUGGUGGCCGUGGCAGAGGUGUCACCAUAAUCAGGGAGGCCAAGGAAUUUGGGCACUAUGCAACAAAGUGCAAGAAACCAAAGAAGGAAAGAAAUCAAGAGGCUAACCUGGUCCAUGAUGAUAAUGAACUAGCCUUGCUGUUGGCAGCCUUUGAAGAAAUAGGGGAAGUGUUUUUAAAUGAAGAAAGAGUGAAGCCUGAAGUAAAGCGAAAUGGGGGAGCCUUGAAUCAGUCAAAGGUAAGGUAUCUUGACACUGGGGCAAGUAACCACAUGACUGGGGACAAAGAAAAGUUUCAAACACUAGACAAGAAAGUUCAUGGGGUUGUGAAAUUUGGGAAUGAGUCCAAAGUAAGAAUCGAAGGGAAAGGAUUGAUUCUACUCCAUUGUAAGAAUGGAGAAGAAAGAAAAUUGAGAGAUGUAUACUACAUACCUGACCUUUGUAGCAACAUAAUCAGCCUUAGACAACUCUCAGAAGGAGAUGAUGAGAUCAGAAUCAAGGAACCUUUCCUGUGGGUUCAUGAUGAUACCGGAAGACUAUUAAUGAAAGUGAAGAAGUCUCCAAACCGGCUCUACAAAAUCCAACUAGAAGAAGUUACACCAAGGUGCAUGAUAGCAAAUCUAAGUGGUCCAAAAUGGUCGUGGCACAUGAGGCUAGGCCAUGUGAAUUUCACCUCUUUAAAGGCUAUGGCUGAUAAAGGCCUAAUUGAAGGAACCCCCAAGGUGAUAGUACCAUAA